AUGUCGAGUGAAAGCGACUUUGAGGGCGACGGUUUCAGCUCGGACUUUGCUCCUAAACCAAAGGCAAAAGCUGUCCCAAAGAAAGCUGCCGCUGCGUCCAAACCAAAAGCCGCCCCCAAGAAACUAACCCAAACUACUCUCAAGCCCAAGGCUACAUCAAAAUCUUCAUCUUCCAAGAAGACUGCUCGACCUGACCCUGAAGAUGAGCUGGACUCGGUAAUGGAGGAAGCACAUGCCGAUGAUGCGGAUGCUCUUGACAGCACUCCCCCUAACGCGUCGAAGAAGCCGAAAGCCGCUCCAAAGAAGGCUGCUUCAAAGCCUCUUGCUAGCGUGGAAAACGGAUCUUUCACUACAGAAACAGCGGAGGGAGGUGGCUCGUCCGACAAGUAUCAAAAGAUCACCCAAUUAGAACAUAUUCUAAAACGUCCAGAUACUUACAUCGGCUCUGUUGAACGAACCGAGAAACACAUGUGGGUUUACAACUCGACAACCGAAUUGAUGGAGUAUAGAGAAGUGUCUUUCGUUCCCGGCCUAUACAAGAUCUUCGAUGAAAUCCUAGUUAACGCGGCGGAUAACAAGCAAAAUGACCCAAGCAUGAGUGAGAUCAGAGUUACAUUAGAUAAAGAAGCAGGUGAAAUCAGUGUCUGGAAUAAUGGUCGUGGUAUUCCAGUAGAAAUUCACAAGAAAGAGCACAUCUACAUCCCCGAACUAAUUUUUGGCCAUCUAUUGACCUCAUCAAACUACAAUGACAUGCAGGAGAAAGUAACUGGUGGACGAAAUGGUUACGGAGCGAAACUCUGUAAUAUUUUCAGUAAUGAAUUUACAGUGGAAACUGCCGACUCCAGCAACAAAAAGAAGUUCAAGCUUACAUGGACGAAAAAUAUGUCAACUAUGGGCAAGGCAAAGAUUACCGAAAGCAAGGGUGACGACUAUACCAAGGUCACAUUCAAGCCUGACUUUGCAAAAUUUGGCAUGGACGGCAUGGAUGAUGAUUUCGAAGCGUUGGUUAAAAGACGGGUCUACGACAUGGCUGGCACCUGUGGUACAACGGUGAAAUUAAACGGCACAAGAAUCCCUGUCAAGUCCUUCAAAAAGUACAUGGAGAUGUACACCAAAGCAAUCAAGACCGAGCGAGGAGAGGACCCGACUUCUGACAAAAAUGAUAUAAUUACGGAAAGCCCUGACCGACGCUGGGAAAUUGGAUUCACCGUUUCAGAUGGCUCCUUUCAGCAGGUUUCUUUUGUUAAUUCAAUCGCAACAACAUCUGGUGGAACGCACGUUAACUACAUCAGCGACCAAAUUUGUAACAAGCUUGCCGACGCCUUGAAAAAGAAGAACAAGACUGGAGCGACGCUCAAAGCUGCACAGAUCAAGAACCACAUUUUCCUCUUUGUUAAUUCCCAGAUCGUCAAUCCUGCCUUCACCUCACAAACCAAAGAGCAGUUGACUACCAGGUCAAGCCAAUUCGGAAGCAAAUGUAUUGUAUCCGACGACUUUUUGAAAAAAGUCAUGAAGACCCGGGUCAUGGAUGAUAUUCUGCACUUUGCGGAAAAGAAAGCUGAUCAAAUUCUGAAGAAAACUGAUGGCAACCGCCGCUCUCGUAUGAAUAACCCGAAGCUUACAGAUGCAAACAAGGCUGGUACUAAGGAAGGGCAUCAUUGUACCCUCAUCCUAACUGAGGGUGAUUCCGCCAAAGGUUUGGCUAUGGCUGGCCGGGCAGUCGUUGGGCCUGACCUCUUCGGAGUCUUUCCACUUCGAGGAAAGCUCCUCAACGUUCGAGAUGCCUCGGUAGACCAAAUCUCCAAGAAUGCUGAAAUCCAGAAUAUCAAAAAUUUCAUUGGGCUGCAACAUAAAAAGGAGUAUACUGAUACUCGAGGCCUCCGGUAUGGUCAUCUUAUGAUCAUGACUGAUCAGGAUCAUGACGGUAGUCAUAUUAAGGGCUUGCUCAUCAACUAUCUUCAGGUUGCAUUCCCAACGUUGUUGAAAAUCCCCGGCUUCCUAAUAGAAUUCAUCACACCUAUUGUCAAAGUUUGGAAGGGAGAUCCUAAGAACCCAACUCAUUCCAAGUCCUUCUUCACCCUUCCCGAAUAUGAAGAGUGGAAAGAAGCUCACGCACAUGAUAAGAAAUGGCAAAAGAAGUACUACAAAGGUUUGGGUACCAGUUCGACAGAGGACGCCCAGGUUUACUUCCAAGAUUUGGAUAGGCAUUUGAAACAAUUUCACACGCUGCAAGACAAGGAAGCAGAGCUGAUCGAGCUUGCCUUUUCUAAGAAGAAAGCUGAUGAACGAAAGGAGUGGCUUCGUCAAUUUAAGCCGGGGACAUAUCUUGACCAUUCUAUGGACCAGAUCACAUAUACAGAUUUCAUCAAUAAGGAGCUAAUUCUUUUCAGUAUGGCUGACAAUAUUCGGUCCAUCCCUUCGGUGGUUGAUGGUCUGAAACCUGGUCAGCGAAAAGUUUUGUACACCAUGUUCAAACGCAAUGUCAAAAAGGACAUCAAGGUAGUCGAACUUGCUGGUUAUGUUUCGGGUAUGACAGCCUAUCAACAUGGUGAUAACUCGUUGCAUACAACUAUUGUUGGUCUUGCCCAAACUUUCGUCGGAUCAAACAACAUCAAUUGUUUGGAACCCAGCGGUAAUUUUGGAAGUCGUCUCCAAGGAGGUUCUGACAGUGCCAGUGCUCGUUACAUUUACACACGACUCUCACCAUUUGCACGGCGAUUAUUCCAUCAAGCCGAUGAACCACUAUUAGCGAACAAUGUGGAUGACGGAAAAGUGAUUGAGCCAGAAACCUACGUACCUGUUGUUCCGCUCAUUCUCAUUAACGGCGCUGACGGUAUUGGUACGGGCUGGAGCACCUCAAUCCCAAAUUAUAACCCCGAGGAUGUGGUCGACAACCUCAAGCGGCUGAUGGCAGGUGACGAGCUCGUUCCAAUGAAGCCAUGGUUCCGCGGCUUUAAGGGUGAGGUUACUGGGUCUGGAGAUCGCUACAAGUUUAGUGGUAUCAUCAAACAAACCGGAGACAAUGAGGUGGAAAUCAGUGAAUUACCUAUCCGUACUUGGACACAAGAUUUCAAGGACAAGCUCGAGGAAAUCAUCAAGGCCGAAAAGGUCCCUUCAUUCAUCAAAGAUUACAAAGACUACAAUACCCACACCAACGUCCACUUCAUUAUUCAGAUGGAAGAAAAACAUAUGAAAAAGGCCGUUGAGGAAGGCCUUGAGGAAAAGUUCAAACUUGUUAAACCAAUAGCAACUUCGAACAUGGUUGCCUUUGAUGCUGAAGGCCGCAUUACCCGCUACGAAACGCCAGAAGACAUCUUGCGGGCGUUUUAUGCAGUCCGUAUCAAACUUUAUGAGAAACGAAAGCAACAUCUCCUGUCAGAGCUUCAAACGCAACUUGAUAAGCUAAGCAACCAAGCCCGUUUCGUACAGAUGAUUAUCGAUGGAAAAUUGGUCAUCUCAAAAAAGAAAAAGGCCCUCCUCAUCCAGGAGCUCCAGGAGAAGGGGUUCAAGCCAUUCCCAAAGGUCGUCGAUACUCCGGAACCAGGAGAAGCCGGCGAUGUUGAAGAUGAGGAAGACGAGGAAGAGACUGCAACUGCAGCUCUCUCUUCUGAUGCAUAUGAUUAUCUCCUUAGUAUGCCUCUAUGGUCUUUGACUCAAGAACGUGUUGAAAAAUUGCGACGUCAAAUCGGAGAUAAGGAGAUGGAAGUUGAUGCGCUGAUCAAACUCACAAAGGAAGAUCUAUGGAAGAAGGACCUUGAAGAAUUCAUUACUGAAUGGAGAUUUCAGCUUGAGGACGAAGAAAAUCGUCGCAAGAAAAUUGCUGGUCGUGGGAGACGCUUGUCGUCCAAGGUCAAAACUGGCAGUCGAGCUACUGCUGCUAAAAAGCGCAAGGCGGGCUCAGGUGAUGACAGUGAUUUCGAUGUUCCAAAGGGGAAGAAGGCGACAGUCAAUCGUGUUCAACCCAAGGGCGGGCUACUCGAUUACCUUGGUAAAUCGAAGCCCAAGCCAAAAACGACAUCUCAUGUCGAUGGUGCAGAUGAUUCGGAUGAUUUCGAGGAUGAGGUCAUGCCGAAGCCGAAAUCUCGAGGGGCAGCUAAGGAAGCUAAAACUAAACCUGUGCCUGUAGUCAAGGAUCUGAGUGAUGCAGACUUCAUGGAUAUUGACUCAAUGGGAACGGAGAAACCGAAGGAAGCUUCUCCUAUAGAGAAACUAAAGAGUGCCGAUGACGACUCGGACAUCGAGGUGGUCCCUAAGCCAACGCAGCGCAGCGCUCGAGCCAAACAGCAACCUAAGAAGUACCAUGGCUUCAGUACAUCUGAGGAUGAAGAGGAUGAUGACUUCGACGUCAGCGCCAUGGUCAAGGGGAUAGACAAGAAAAAACCGAAUACAGUCUCCACUGGUCCAACCCUGUUUUCUGAGCCUUCUCGUCCGCCUGGUGGAAGCGCGAAACUUACAGCCAAACCGACAAGGGAUGCAAUGGAGUUCGAUGCAGAUGAAACUGACUACUCAAAACUUAUCCCACAAAAUUCUCCAAGGCGCUCUCUACUUGUGAAGCCAAAGGAGAGUAAAGUAUUUUCAGAUGCAGAGGAUGACAUUGAAGAUGAGCCUAAACCCGCUGCUAAGCCUGCUAAAGCUAAAGCUUCCAGCUCUAAAUCAACGACAAAACCUGCGGCAAAGUCUUCGACAGCCCCUGCCCGAGGCCGGCCAAAAAAGGCAGCGGCCGCUGCACCCGAGAAAGCCAAGAAGUCUCUUCAGCUCUCACCAGCAGCAAAGGCCUAUGCUUCCAAAAAGGCCAAAGCCAAGAAAAUUGUGGACGAUAUGUCCGACGAUGAUAUUGAUGCCAUGGCUAAUGAUAUUCUUGACUCGGAGCCCGAGGAAGCUGCCAAACCAUCGUCUAGGGCGAGACCUUCACGUCGUGCAGCAACAACUGCCAAAAAGCCUGUGUACGCCGUCGAUGACGAUGACAGCAGCGAGGAAGAUGGAGAUGCGGCGGUCUCUAGUGAUGAUUUCUCGGAUUAA